AUGGGCACUGACAACUUUUAUAUAGAAACCCAAAGCAAAUUUCCUUUAUCGUUCAUCAUUUGGUCACCUACAGUCUUGAGUACAGAAGUUUCACCAGGACAAAUCAUCACUAAUUGCGCAAUCGAGGGAACCGCUGCUAUUACUUUUGAUGAUGGCCCAUCUAUGGCAAGUAGAUGGACUCACGAGUUAUUAGACUUUCUUAAAGAGAAAAGUAUAACAGCUACAUUCUUCAUUAAUGGUGAUAACGUUAAUUGUAUAUAUGAUUAUGCCGACAUUAUAAUACGUAUUCAUCAAGAAGGUCAUCAAAUUGGUUCUCACACUUGGUCUCAUCCCGAUUUGACAAUGGUUAAUAAUGAUGAAGUCAUUUAUCAAAUUGUUUCACUUGAAAGAGCAUUUAAAAAGAUUAUCGGAUUGGUUCCAAGAUAUUUCCGUCCUCCUUUUGGUUCAUAUAAUGAUGAAGUGCUCAAUACAAUUGGAAGUCUUGGAUACACUAUUGUACUUUGGGAUAUAGAUAUUGGCGAUUCCCUGGGUGAUCCCGUAGAAUAUGGUAUAGAAAAGUAUACAUCUGCCCCUGGUCCUCCAUCAUCUCAUAUUAUGUUAAAUCAUGAUACCGUACAAACAACUUGCGAACAACUUGGUCCUCAAGGGAUUCAACUUUUUUUGGAUAAAGGGCUUAAACUUAUGACAAUCGCUGAAUGUAUGGGAGAAACUGAUAGUUCUCUUUGGUAUCAAUCUACAAGUACUCCAAGUAAUAGAGAUGAGACUUGGACGUGUAGUGAUAAUGACAUGCACGAAGACAGUGGUG